AAAUUUCUGAUAAUUUGGUUUGGAAUAGAGUGGAGCGAAAAAUUGCGUUUCUUUGUUUCUCCGUGUGUGGCGAAGAGUGAGUGAUAUAUUUGACGACAGCAGAGAUGCCAGUUUUGUUUGUGAUGGCUGCUCUUAAACAAUAUAGCUUGGCCGAAGUAGCGAAGCAUAAUACCCAACAGGAUUUGUGGUUUGUAAUCGAUGAUAAGGUGUACGACGUUACCAAAUUUCAAACAGAGCAUCCUGGCGGAGAGGAGGUAUUAUUCGAAUCCGCUGGCAAAGAUGCGACGAAUGAAUUCAAUGAUGUUGGCCACAGUACAGAUGCAAAGAAACAAAUGAAACAAUAUCUUAUUGGUGAGAUCAUUGAAGCUGAGCGGAAAAAGAAACCGGCUAUGCCUGAUACUGACUCAUCAUCACCAUCUGGAUCCUGGUUUAGUUCCUUGAAGUCUAAGUUGUUUGGUUAAUUGAAAGUAUUCAAUUUCUCAAGCUCAAUGAUUCUUGGCAGUUUCUGUAUAAAUAACAAUAAUAAUCGUGCAAAGCUUCUUAUGAUAAUUGAAGAACUGACAUGCUUAGGUAUAUACAACAGUUAUCGUUUUUGGAUUAUUCUAAAUAGUUUAUUUUCCGGUGCUUGAAUAAUAAAUGUUCAGUUUUCAAAUACAUACCUAUUUGAUAAACAUCCAAUCAUCCGAUAUUCCCUAACGCCUUAUAUAUGAACAACACAUUUUGCGACAUGUGCAU